AUGGGUCGACGGCAUCAGCUUUUCGUCAUUGCGAAGAUCAACGGCAUUACAAUAUUUGAUGUUUCAAAGUCCACCGAAAUUCGGUAUUGUUUUGUUGAUUUCUUUGGGAUGGAGUGUGCGCGAGAGGUCCAGCUCAUGGCGCCGCUGAGUGCUCGAGAAUACGUCGAAGCUUAUUACCCUCUUGAAAACGCCGACGACAAGCAACCUCCGUGGGUGACUACAUUGGUCAAAGACUGCUGCGAAUGGGGCCUCGUACGCACAAGCUCGCUGGAAGAUACUUGGCGAGGGGCAGGCUGGGAAGAGCCAGCUGUCCGUGCUUUGAAUGCAGACAAAUUUUUUCAGACUCCUCCCAAACCUUCAAAAGAAGUCGAUACAAAGCUAGUCAAGUCACAACUCGACAAAAACCUCAGCCCACGUAGCUUACGAUCCCAAACUUUAGAUCAACUUGCCGAGAUGAUCAUCAAAUCUGGGACCAUCAUUCCCUCGGUGAUGGCUGAGGCGGAGAUCCUGAAUGAUUUUUGGCCCAAAAUAAGGGAGAAACUGUACAACGAAGCCGAAACACUUCUAUACACAAAGACAAGCCAGACCUUGUUGCUAAAACUUCUAAAGGAUGACGAACAUGUUGACUUGACUUGCUUUAAAACCUUUACCUCCGCCAAUGUCCUGGACUUUGUUACCUCACUUUUGCAAUACAGACACAUGAAAAGCCUUAAUUUGAGUGGGCACCGUCAUCUCGAAAGGAUUGGUACUAGCUCACUACUGCAUCAUCCGGGGUCUUUGCGUAAAGUUUACAUGCUGAAUGUUGCUUCGAUAUCUGCGCUUGAUCUUAUGAACGACAAUCCUGCUUGCGAUGUCUACCAUGAUGACCUCAUGAGAAGAUCAAUAAAUGACUACUUCACUCGUCAUGACGCUCAAUCUUUGCCUGAACUUUCGAGACUCACUGGACGCGUGACUCAGCUUCUCUAUGUCUUGCUUGGAUCAGAAAAUGGGUCAAAACAUACUGCACACCCGAAAGAACCAAUCGAUUGGAAUUCCGUACGAGGAGUAAAGGGGAUGCUACAAAGAGGUACAGGCAGUUUUGCCGAGCGCCAUGAUACCCAGACCAAAAAAUUUCCCUUGACAGAUAUCCCUUUGCCAGUGACACGUCUGGUGCCGGGCUUGAAGAACCUUUUCAUGUGGCUCAAUGCAUCGAGAGGUGGAAGCCUGAAAGACUUGUCUAGUAUCAUCGCGUACGCCAUGGCUCUAGGAGAAGUUUCUUCGAACGAGCUCGGCACCGGGGUCGGCACCGUAAGUAGAACAUUGCACCUUUUCAAUGGCGAUCACUUGCCACCUGGAAAUCUUGCCCCUGCUCAAUGGGCAGUUGUCGUAAUAGUGCCCGAAUUUGGCUUUUUCAGAGUAUGUUCAGUGAUCUCUUACGCCAUCGUAAGUCCCAACACGGACGAUGGGAACUUCAAGGUCUGCGACAUUCCUUCAUUCCUUGAAGUCGUCGCCAAAAGUGAGGCAGAGUCAAUCCGAGAUUGGUGGGAACAUCAGGCAUCAUCUUUAGAAUUUUUGCAAUUUUAUAACCACGCGAACAUCCAGGACCUGCCGCGUCAGGUGUAUCCACGCAGCGAAGGGACUGAGGAUAGCCGUGAGAGCAAAGCAAGAGACAGGGGGACGGCAUGA